AUGACUUCAAGGGCAUGCCCUCUGCGAUACGCCGAGCUCUUUCAGUCACCCGUGUCUGCCGCAGAAGUAACGACAGGCUCACCAAGUGUGGCGGCAGCAACAGUGGCACCAGCAGCCACAGAAGCAAGGUCAGUACAGGCAACCAUAGUUCAGAUAGAAGCAGGUCCCACGACGGCAGACUCAGCACUGGAGGGCCAUGCAGAAGCGGCACAGGCACUACCAGAGCAGGAACUGGCAGACAACGCGACAGAAAGCCAGGCGUCGACUGCACAGAAGGUUGCAGACUGCAUAGUGCUCAGAUACAACGACCCAAGGGCCAUCUAUCAGAGAUAUGUGGAAGCAAGAGAGGCUUGGUACAAUGCGCAGCCCCGUGAGAGUAUCAAAACUAACCAAGAGUAUCGAAGAGCAAAGAAUUUGCCCCAGCGGUACAACAAAGCGGAGCUUGCCUGGUGCCUUGAUUGGAAGCAGAUGGGCAAGCAAUGCAGAAUGGAAACAGGCUGUAGAGUCUGGACUAAGGAAGAGAUGAUGGCAUAUCUGGACUGGGACAGAGCAGAGGACAACCGGGUCGAGGCAAUGGUAGUGGUUGAGAUGGAAGGCAACCGUUUUCCAAGAAAAGAGGAAUGCGGGAGAUCUGGGAGGCUGCAGCAGCGGAUUGUGCGGCACAAGACGCCCUAUAGCAAUGACGCCUUGAUCUCGUCAUGCUCAUCGCGGGUUCAGUCGCUGAAUCUCAAGACAGUCUCGAAACCAUUCUCUGCCAUGCUAGGCUCAAAUGGGAAGGAGGGCCGUCAACAACAUGCCGAGGAUGUACUGAAGGAGAUACAACUUCCUGACGACGAUGCUGUGGGCAUGAAGUACAUAUGUGCAGUUAUGCACCAUCAAAACCAUAUUAUACCUGCAGCCUUGCCUGUGCACGAUAUUCUGAGCAUUGCGGUCUUGUCUGAUAAGUACAAUUUUGUCGAUGCUUUCAAAUUCACAAGUGCAGCGUGGCUUCUUCCUGAAUGCGCAAUCCUUCAAGUAAUUACAAAGACACUGAUACUCGACUACGACGGUUCUUAUCUCGAUCUUGUCAAUCGAGAUCUUGAGUCCGCUAUGGGCUGGAGGGUAGUGUUGGAUCGUGCUGCCACGGCUGUGGCUGGUCAAGCAAAUACGCAUAUGCUUACCUACAGUCACUUGAAAACGCAGAUCUCUGGCCAACCGGUAUCCACAGCAUCUCCAAGGCAAUAA